AGCUGCAACGUACUUCCGGUCCUCAAGGCAACAAGGAAGUGUAACCGACAACAUCUUCUCCGUUUCCUCACCGCAAACCCGUUAGAUAAUAUCACUUUUUCCCACAGGAAGGUCGCCGUUCACCUGUCGGUAUGGCGAUGUCCACGUUUCAGAAGGUGACCCUCGCGACGUGUCUCGUGCUGUGCGUCGCUCUGCUGCUGCCCAAAAUGCUGUUAUCCCGCGGGAAGAAGGAUGCUGCUGAGCGGCCGGAGGGUCGCUUCCCUCCAUUGAUGCGCAGCCAGGCGGUCCCGGAGGGUCGAGGCCAGAAGGCCGCAGGCUCCGGCUUCUCCAGAGCCCACAACUCCGAGGCCGUAGCCAGGGCCAAAGGAGCAGGAACGGGGGCAGGAACCGGGGGCAAAUCCAACCUGGCAGGACAGAUCAUCCCCGUGUACGGUUUCGGGAUCUUACUCUACAUCCUCUACAUACUGUUUAAGAUCACAUCUAAGGGCAACAACAAGCCAGCCGAGAGCAGGUUUCCUUCGGUUCGGUCAGAGAACAAGAAGAGAAAGAUCACUGACUUUGAGUUGGCUCAGCUGCAGGACAAACUGAGGGAAACCGAGUUGGUGAUGGAGAAUAUUGUUUCCAACGCCCACCACAGUCCUGGCAGGGUGAAGGGGGUGACGGCGGAUCAGGAGGAGAGUCUCCUGCAGCAGCUGACCGAGAUCACCCGGGUGAUGCAGGAGGGCCAGCUGAUGGACAGCAUGGCACCAGAGAAGAAGACCCAGGAGGACUGGGAAGUUGCUGCAGAUGAUCCUGAGGAGCCUCAGCAGCAGGAGUGGGAACAUUCCCGCUGCUGCUGUCAGCACAGUCAGCAAGACCCCAGUCCCCAGACGGAGACAGAGACGGAGACGGAGGCUGAGAGGACACACGCCGAGGGAGCCCACCCGGGGAACCUUUCUGAGGAUGUUACAGGUGGAGGAGAGGCUGCGCAGGGAGUAGAGGGUCUGAACAAAGAGAGAGGAUCUGAUUUGACAGCAGCAAGUGAAGAGGAUGCGGGGCCAGAGAGCGUAAACGAGAGGGUGGACGAACACAAGGAGGGAGGGUUUCAAAUGGAUCUGGGCGUCCCGGAGGACGACCUGGCUGGAGUCCUGAAGGAGCUGCAGCUCACACUGGAGGUGACCUCCAUGAUGGAGCAGGAGAAGGUGGAGGACCUGACCAGGACGACGGAGACUUCCUGCAGCGCCGUCAGACGCAGGAACAAGAGGAGGAGAGCGAAGAAAGCCUCACACUGACUCCCGACGCGACGUGAACUUACGCCUGGGCUCGGCGUUUAUUUAUUUAUUUUUUUUGAGGACAGCUUCUUCUUUGAAAUCUGUUCUCAGCAGGCGGGUUGUUUUCGCCAGCCUCGUAUAUCUUUACUUGAAGUAAAUAAGUGAGAACAUGUGUGUACUGGGCAGUUUUAUAUCAGCUUCAUCCACUGGCUAGAAAAGGAACCAGUAUAGUUUAUGGUCUUAAAACAGUAUUGACACUUAAAUAUUUAAAGUUUUUUCUUAAAUACUUAAGAAAAAACAGGGGCCUCAUUUAUGAAACACUCAAAAUCUAAUACAAUAACACCAGUAUUACCAUUAUUGUUAUACAUUCAUGAAGUGUUUGAUUUAACAUUAGGCGUUUUCAGGUCAAGAUCUGAUGUCAAACGGAUGGACACCCUGGUAAACAAACAGUAUUUCAUUCUGUUACGGGAGUGUUAUCCUUGUAUCCAGCCUCUUUUCCCGUGGAAUGAUUUCACGUUAUUUACAAGUGCUUGAAUUAGAGGUGGUUUUUCUAAAUGUAUUACCAACACACACACACGAAUCAGGCCACUUCAAAACACACUUGUUCUGUGAAUGAAUACAUUUCAAAAACAUCAGAAAGAAGUAAUUUGCAAACAAAGGAAAACACUAAUGACAUUACUUGCAUCACUUUAAUAUACUGGGGCGAUUGUGCCUUUUCUCACCUGUCACAAUAAGUCCAAGAUGCACAUUUUUAGACCCUGAAUUCCAUUCAUCACCCAAAGUGUGAGGAGCAACAUGCACUGUACUAACCUGUUGUCUUAGAUUUUAAAUUAUUUAAAGAUUUUUACUUUUAUAAAAUGAAUUUAUUCACCGUUUAGAACGGCACCUGGGUAUGGCACAUAAUAGUGAUAGAAUAACUUCAAUAAAAUGUUCUAUGUUA